AUGAGCUGCAGCCGCAGAGGACUCAGCCUGCCCAGCCAGAUGAUUUUGAAUUUUCUGAUGAGUGGCUCAGCUGUAGGAGAGCCGUCCUCGCUGACGGUGGACAGGCUGAUAGCGCUCGUCCCCGUCAUGCCCUCGCUGGGUGUGACGUUCCUGCAGAACCUCACGGCAUCACAGCUGCACGACGUCCUCCCCGAAAUCACCUCCACUAACUUCACCCCAGAACAGGCUUCUUUGAUAGUAGACAAGCUGGCUUCGAGCGACAGACUGAACCCAGAUGAGUUGUCGCAGCUCGGCUCUCUCACCGUAGGCGUUAAGACGGAGACUUUGCUGACGCUCAUGCCCGACCGGCUGCUGCCCUCGCUGACCGCUUUAGCUCGGCACACGCCAGACCUCUGCUCGCCUCUCAAACACCGCCUCCGACCCCCACAAGCCAACGCCAUCACCACAAAGCUAUGGGGCUUCCCGGCAGUGGUGCACUGGCUGAAUGACGUGGAGCCUUUGCUGUCCUGCACGCCGCUGCUCAGUGUCCGAUCCAGGACCCGUCUGCUGGUCAACAACACACUCAACACGUCGGCAAAGUCCUGGAACACGCAGCAGGCUAAAGCAAUUUUCAAUGAAAUGCUUGAGAACAGCCCAAAUCGAGUCAGACAAGAUUUCCUGCGCCUGGGUUCACUGGGUCAGGGUGUGAGCUGCACGUUCCUGCAGGAGCAUCUUCGGGCUCAUCCAGCGCCGUCCUCUGUAAGAAGUGUGCUGAAGUUCCUCAGACAACAGCCGACUCUUCUCCACACCUCACUGAAAACAUGUCUGAUCAAGGAGUUGUAUAAGUUUGAGUUCUUGUCUGAUCUGGUGGAGGAUCUUGGAGCUGAGAUUGCUCUGUCCAUGCCGGUGAGCAAGAUUAAAAAGUUUCCAAACAUGGACUCUCUGAGGAGGAUGAUCAUUGAGGAUCCUCGACAUUUUCUCUUACUGUCCAGAACAAAGCAGGAGCUGCUGGUGGAUAAAAUGGUUCAGAGGAUGGCCGUGUACCCGGGGGUCUUCACCGAGGAGGAGUUUCGCUCGCUGGGUGUCAUGGCCUCGUUUGUUGGGGAUGAGAUUUUUAUUCGGGUGGACCGCCACUUCUUCAUUGAGAAUCUGGAUCUUCUCAGGGGACUCUGCUACAGCUACACCAAGAUGGAACUGGUUGCUCGCAUCCUGCAAGAAACUGCUGUUUUUGGUCCAGUGAGGACCUGGAGCCAGACGACGCUCAGCCAAGUGGACCGCUUCCUCUUCUUUCUGCCUCACGACAAGCUGCAGGAGAUUUCACAACCGUUGAUGACCGUGGGCCGGAUAGAGAAGCUGUUCAUGAGCCAGCGUCAGUGGGAGCGCGGAGACGUGGGGAUGCACUGCCUAGACGAGAAGGAGAGGGAAUAUCUGUUCAGUAAGCAGCAGUUUCUGCUGCAGUUUUACCUGGGCUUCCUCAAAAUACUGCCUGACUCAGGACCUUUCAUGAUCCCCACCUGUGAGAUUCUGCAGACGACGGCCCCCUCGGCCUGGACGCCCCGCAGCCUCUACCAAAUGCCAGCGCCGGCCUUCUCCAACUGUCUGGAGCUGAUUGGUCAGGACCCCUUCAUGGCGAGCUACCAGCGCGUCGAGGUGCUGAAGAAAGUCAAACAGAUCUACGGGCCGGCCUCGUCCUUCUCCCAGGCUGUGAUCUCUCAGCUGGGCGGGAUAGCCACAGAGCUGUCGAGGGACGAGCUGGGCACCCUGAGACUGACCGACAGGAGAAGCAUUGCUGCGAUGGGUGCUGUCAGCAGCUGGAGCAAAGAUCAGCUGUCUCCACUGUUUGCCAGCGUGUUAAAAUCCACCCAGCAGAGUCCGAGCCAGCUGGACUCCAGCACUCUGGUGUCUCUGGGACACAUCGUGUGCGGCGCCAGCAUCGCCGAGAUGAACACUUUUAACCCUAUUGAAUUCAGCAAGGCGGCGCUCUGGCUGGGCCGCCUGAGGCUGUCCUGCUCGGAGGAGCAGCUGACGGCUCUGGUGGAACUGCUGGCUCACCCUUUUGCUUUCGGCGCCAUGAGUUCAUGGGACACUGACGUGUUCAUUGAGAUUGGCGUCCUGGCAGCCGGCCUUCCAGACAUGGCCAUGUCAGCUCUGGUGAAAGAGCAGAUCGAAGGAAUUACGCCUCUGGCCAUCUCCACAAUUUCAAAAGCAAAAUUUUCUGUGGCUUUUGACCAGGCACAGAUCAGCAUGUUCUCCUACGAGCAGGCUGCUGCGGUGACGAAAGAGCAGAUGGACGCUCUGACAGAGGUGGAGAGAACCGCUCUUGCGAUGGUGCUGACACCCUGGGAGAACAGGAACGUGAACUUCAGAGGGCGGUCACAGGGCCUGGCGUUGAGCCACAGUCCUGUGUGUCUCGUACUGGGACUGCUGAUGCUGCUGAGCGCCCUGCUCUGCCCCGGGACAUGACCCCGCUCACCCCGGCUGGAUCAGGAGACCUCCACAUCCACAUCAAACAGAGUGACCUUAUUCAACCGUGCAGUAGCACAAGAGCACUUCAGGGUUUCUACACAGUGUAUUUAAUGAGAAUGUAAUUUAUUCUGUGCAACAGUCACUUUUACAUCAACAUGCAACAUUAAGAAAAUGAUUCAGGAAUAAGGAAAAACGGUUUAUUUACACUGGGAAGUGUGUUCAAUAUCCACAUUUGUCAUCAGAAUCUGCUUAUUUGUUAAUUUUUGUAAAGAUUGUUUGCUGCCUCGAUGUAUCCUGAAUGAGAUGUUAAGACAUACUCAAAAAAGUAAGAUUUAAAUAUAGUUUAACUUUUAAUACACUUCAUAAUUGCGGAGUCUGUACACCUACAAAGAAAAUUAUUUAUUUUUUGUGAAUUUGUCAUAAUAUUUGUUAUUUUUGUAUAUU